AUGGAUGCUUCAUCGGAAAAUGCUAUAAAUGAUACUAGUUUGAUGGAUGGACCAGAAGACAAAAAAUCCGUCCAACGGUCUGCCUCUCCUGUCAUUCACGACAAGCUUUCAGAAGGAUCGGUAGAACAUUUGGAUGAAUGGAAUGUCGCGACGGCUUUGAUGUCCAUCGAUGCAAAUCAUCCAGCACAUCCCCAUCAUUGGCCUGCAUGGAAAAAAUGGUUUGUGGCAAUCACUUACACCUUGCUAGAAACAUAUAUCAUUUGGUCCAGUACUGCUGUGAUUAACUUUGUGACCUAUUUUCAAGAAGAAUGGCAUUGUAGUGCACAGGCUUCCAAUCUAGUUCAAAGUCUCUUUAUUCUAGGAAAUGCAUUUGGACCAAUGAUCUUGGGUCCUAUGUCGGAUAUCCUUGGUCGGAAAUGGGUAUAUGUGAUCUCUGUUACAUUUUACAUAAUUUUCCAAAUUCCUCAAGCUUUGGCUUAUAAUCUCCCCAUGAUGGUUAUCAACAGCGCAAUUGCUGGAAUCUGUGGAAGCGCUGCUGUGGCAAAUGUUGCUAGUAGCAUGUGCGAUGUAUUCACAAAAGAAACUGUUGGUCUAGGUAUGGCAUUGUUUGUCUGGGGUGCGAAUGCCGGUGCAUCCAUUGGAUCACCAAUUGGUGAAGCACUGGCUGAAAAGAACUGGAGAUGGUUUUAUUGGAUGAACAUGAUUGUCGGUGGUUUCCUAAUUAUCCUUUGCAUCCUCGUACCUGAAACAUUACCUGCGAGUAAUGUUAUGAAUUAUGCAAAGAAAACUGAACAGACCAACGUACAAAUUUCUACUCUUGCAAAAGCAAAAUCAGCUGUGACACGUGCCAAGUUUGCAUUUACCAUGGCUGCUCGAAUUUUCGUCACCGAACCAAUUAUUAUGGCUUUGGGUUUGUAUAAUGGAUUUGCUUACGGUAUUAAUUUUUUGUAUCUUGAUGGUCUGUUUCCUGUCUUCAAAAAUAACUACGACAUGUCUUAUAUGCAUGCAAACGAAACAUUCCUCAACUUUUUGGUGGGUGUAACAAUAGUCGUUAUGAUGCAACCUAUCCAAGAUUGGCUUUAUCGACGUGAUAAAAAGAAGAAUGGCGGCAUUGAUCGUCCCGAAGCUCGAUUCUUGAUUUCCCUAGUUACUGUUUGGUUCUUCCCUCUUGGACUUUUUUGGUUUGCAUUUACUUCUAGCGGAAACAUAUCUUGGGUUUCCCCUUUAAUUGCUGGUGGUUUUAUUGCUGUUGGUGAUCCUCAGCUUUGGUUAGCUAUGCUGAACUAUGUAACUGAUUCAUACCCUUCGGUGGCCGGCUCUGCCGUCGCUGCUUUUACUCUCCCUAGUUUUACCCUAGCAGCUGUCCUUGUUCACCUCGGUGCUAUUAUGUUUAACAACAUGACGACAACUUGGGCAAUGGCUACUUUGGGUUUUAUUAGCCUUUCACUUGUUUUGUUAAUCUACGUUGUUUACUUUUUUGGUCAUAUCCUCCGCAGACAUAGUCGACUCGCUAUUACACAAGAGGCUUUGGCUGAGCGAAAUGAAAAGAACGUUGAAGUUUAA